GCCGUCGAGUCACAACUUGUGUCCGGUGGCCACAGCGGCGUACUCCGUGAGGGGGUAAAUCCAGAGGAUCAUCUCGGGUGCGUCACUUCUAACAUUUGGCGGAAGGCUGCCCAGUACACCCCCCUCUCCCAUACCCUCCGACGUUUCGGUAAGGAAACUAGCCUAUGAGGCCAGCUGGCUCUUCCCCAUCAUAAUGCCCCCAUCAAUUUACUGGCAUUCAUAGCUUCCGUGUCGGAGGAAGGUAGCUAGGUGCUAGCAUGCAGCAGUUGGCCCACACAUCCAUGAGGUAAAGGCUGCUAAGAGGAGAGGUUGGUGCCGUCUGUCUGUCUGUGUACCAGGCUGGUCAUGGAUGACUUCACCACCAGGACCUAUGGCACCAGCGGGCUGGACAACAGACCUCUGUUUGGGGAGACCUCGGCACGGGAUCGAAUCAUUAACCUUGCCGUGGGAGGAUUCACCUCUCUGGUUGUCCUAUUCACCGUGAUCAGCUCAUUUGUCUUCCCCUCGAUGCCUCCACGACCGCUCAAUGUCUUCUUUGCCGUGUGUGUCCUGCUGAUCUGUGGUUCGACAAUUGUGCUGAUAUUUUGGUACCGGCAGGGUGAUCUGGAGCCAAAGUUCAGGAAGCUGAUCUACUACAUGCUGGCAUCCAUUGUGCUGUUGUGUCUAUGUGCCAAUCUCUACUUCCAUGAUGUCACGUAAAGGGAGCCAAGAAGAGAGGACAUGGCUUGACUGUCUCGCGCACUCACACACACACACACGGUAGAAAAAGAAAAAUUCAACAUGGAAGGAAGAACAGGAAGGCGGAAACGACAGAUUGAAUCUCAGCUCUCACUGGGGACCCUACUCGACAUAAGACACAAAGACACACUAUGAAAAUUCCUGACACUGGGACCAAAAAGACACACUAAAACUGAACGGAUUUCUGUCCAGAACAACAACACAGCCAGCUAAGGAUUCACAGCCUGUGCACCAGUGGGGUCGAACUAAUGGAUUUGGUGGUACCACGUGGCACCGUCAUAAAAAGAAAAUCUACGCUAUCAUGGUAUGCGAGGCCACUGGACAGACUGCCAAACGAGGUUAAAAUCGAACAAGUGUUUACACACUCACACACAUAUGUUCUGAUGUUAUUCAGGAUAUUUCGGUGUGUUGGGCUCGAGUGUGUGAAAAGCCAUCGCCCUUUUCCAGCGGCCUGAUUAUGAGAAACCUGAAUCCGAGUGGGGAAGUGCCCACUUUUGGUAGGACAGUGAGGCAUGUGUGCACCACAUCAUGUUUACUGUUGUUGUUUUUGCGAUGGAUGAAAGUGCUGUUUACCAUGUUAACAUUGGCAGUGCUGUUUUGUUCAUGUAGACGGGGACGUUUUAUGGUCAUGUUGUGAAGAAUGCGUAUCGGCAGUCGAUCCCGAGUAAGACCGUCACUGGUAGGAGCUGGUAGAGCGCCGUGUACAUCGUGAUAUGUGCAGGGAGGGGCUUCCACCAUCUCCCUGGUCCCCCCCCCCCCUCAGUACUGUAGACCACAACGUAUACUAGCUCACACCCUCACUGCACAAGCAGCCGCAGGGUCUAGUGACAAAUAUAUAUGCAAUAUUUUCUUUGUCUCUUUUCACCACCUGUUUUUUUUUUUUUUUUUUUCUCGUUCGGCUGUUCUGUUCGAUGCAUCCAGAUUUGAUUUGAUUUUUUUUUUCUUAAUUUGAAAUCUAGUGAAACCAAGAGGAUUUUUAUACCCGUCCAAGUUAUUUUAACAUGGAAUUCUUGUUGACUGCCAACGCUUGCACUCGGUGGAGCUGAAUCUCGUUUCAUCGAGGCUGUACUCACACACACACACACACACACACACACACACACACACACAAAGAGGUUAACUGUAGCACUGCAGAACUUGAAGCACCGUUCGGAGUGAACGGGAGUUCUCUAGGUGGCUUUUGCACCGAGGCUUCACCACACAGGAGCUCUUCAUGUGGAUCCUUCUAGGUCGCUGUAUCAUAUUGAUGUCUGUGAUCUGAACUUUGCACCUGUCCUUCCAUUUACCUUUCCCAAUCUACUUCCUAGCUUUAAGCAGCUUUCUGAUCCAGGUUCUUGAUUCUGGUUUGUCCUGGCAUCAGGAAGGAGACUGACAGGAAUCUGACAGGACCGGCCUGUUUAGAUGAGUGGUUUUAACUGUUCGCAAGUUAGCAAAUCACUUUAAGGAGUCACAAUACAGCCACAGUUCACCAGCGAUAGAGACCGGGUAGGGCUGGGCCUACUUUCCCAGAAUCACCUCAGCACUGAUACCGGACGAGCUCCUUCUGACAACCCGGGUUAGGUUUCAUCAGUUUUAUCAACUCUUCCUGUUUUGAAAAUCAUGCCAAUUCAGUACAGGACUGGCAGCAUGUGUGUUGCAGGACUAGAGAUGGAUCUCGGCGAUCCAGUGGCGUGUCAACACAGUAAGGCCCAGCGGGGUGUUUGAAGGCCAGGACCAGCAUGACAGGGUUAUCUCCAAAUCACAGCAGUCGUUCGUUCUUUUAAAAAUGAAAUCCAGAUGACGAAUCAUCUGUUUCGACGGAAUAGAUACAAACCUCGGUGCUCGGUACCGCCCAGGAAAACGAGUCCUGCCUUCCAUGAAAAGAUGAAUAACCUCGCCACGACCUUAGGAUUGUCAAAGCCAAGUGUUGCUUUUUUUAUUUAAUAUUUCAUGAAAUAAACAAUCUUACAUGUAGCUGCCACCUCCCUAUUUUCUUAUCUGAGGGAAGCAAGGCACGGGACAAAACCCUUAAUAGAUAUGUAACCUACGACCAGCAAUAUUACCCAGUAAUCAUGAACACAUGAAAGCAGUUAUUGUGACCGUAUGUAAGCUCCGGUUGGGAUUUAAAAUGGGUCAUGUUGAUCUGGGUCCCUUCAUAAUAAAAGUACCACUGGGUUUACAUUA